AUGGUUGACUCAUCUACGUUAUUUCAUAUUUUUAUUAUUAUUCAGAUAAAAUAUAUUUCUACACAAUUUGCAGAACAUGUAGAUUUACAAAAUGUGGGUGAAAUCAUACACAAUGGAGAUAAAUAUAAUAUUUUAAAACCGACCUUCCACGUUGUAACCGAUUAUUUUAAGGAUUUCAUGAUGAGAAGAGACAAUGAGGAUUUUCCAUUAAAAAGAGUAUUCAUUGACAAAAGUGGUUUCAGACACUAUUGGACUAUACUUAAUAAUAACCAGAAAACUUCCAGAAAGAUAGAUAUCACAGAAAAUUUGAAAAAAUACAAAAUUGGUGGAAAAGUUACAAAUGCAAAUAAAAUUAUCAGUGAAGCGAUAACUACAAAAAAUACAAUAAUCAGGAAAAAACCUAAAAGAAAAAAGAAAAUAAAUAAAGAGGAUGAAAAAACUCUUCGUCAAAGUGCAACGAAUAGAACAGUUGCUACAACCUCAUUCUUUUGCCCUUUCUUUGGAGUUAUAACAAUGUCUGCCUUUGUGGACUGA